AUGCUUUACACUUUAUUUUUUAAUUUUUUGUUAUUCCUUACUCUUGUUGUAUCCAUUGCUGUUGGGCAUGACGAAAGAACUGUGUUUCAUAAACGACAACUUCGAAGUGUAACUGACAUUCCUGGUGAAGGGCGACUAGUGUUUGUGCAUGCUGUAGGUCGUUUUUAAAGCCGUUUUUGUAAUUUUUUAUGUUUUAUGUUUUUAUAAAAAAGAUUGACGAUAUUUUUAUUAAUGAUGUUAUACAGGGUGAGCAAAAAGUUCUGUUACACGGUUUUUUAAUCAAGUAAAGUUUCGUAACAGAACUUUCUGCCCACCCCGUAUAACAGGGUAAGAGUAUUGUAUGGUAUGUUAGGGUAGAGUAGGAUAGGGUAGAUUAUGGUAUAUUUUUAGACGUUUUUGUAUUGACAUGGCCAUUCAGCUCGGCCUCAGUACUUGUCUUACUUCAAAUAUUUUAGUUAUGGCGUCACGGAGACAGAAUGCCAGAUAUCGGGUUGCCAGCUGACAAAAAUGUGUGGCCUUGGCCGAUUGGAGAGCUUACUAUAGUAAGUCUAUUUGUAUUAGACUUCUGUUUCUUGGUUUAUAUUUUAUAUUUUUAUGUUUUUAAAGUUUUCUUUUUAAUUUUUGUUUUCAGAAUGGCAUGAAAGACCAAUUCUUAUUGGGAGAAAAGCUAAGAAAACGUUAUAUUGAAGCCGAAAAGUCCUUGAAUCCACGUUUUGACACUUCUGAAGUGAGUUUCAAAUUUUUUAAUAAUAUUUUUAAUUUUUUCCAAAAAUUUUGAAAAAAAACAUUUUUUUUUAAUUUUUAAAAUUUUUAUAAAAGGGUAACGAAAACCGUAUUUUACAAAAAAGUUUUUAAAUUCCAGAUUUUCAUUCGAAGUUCAGACAAAAAUCGAACUUUAGUCAGUGCAUCCUCAACCAUGUUAGGAAUGUACAGUAAAAACGCAGUGAAAGGGGAAGACUACCCUGAUGUGCCUGGAUGGCCAAGCAAUUAUGUGGCAGUGCCAAUACAUACACAAGAGUAUUCUACUGACUACGUAAGUAAGCCUUAGCGCAGAGCCCUAGCUCAGAGCCCUAGCCCAGUGCCCUAGCCCAGAGCCCUAACCCAGAGCCCUAGCCCAGAGCCUUAGCCCAGAGCCCUAGCCCAGAGCCUUAGCCCAGAGCCCUAGCCCAGAGCCUUAGCCCAGAAACCUAGCCUAGAGCCCUAGCUCAGAGCCCCAGCCCAGAGCUCUAGCUCAGAGCCCUAGACCAGAGCCCCAACCCAGAGCCCCAGCCCAGAGCCCUAGCCCAGAUCUCUAUAACAAUCUUAGUCUUCGAUAGAGCCUUAGUUGGGUUAGUUUAAGCCUAAGCCAUAGCCCUUAUUUUUCAAAAAAAAACUUUUUUCUUAAAUUACCACGCCCAAAAAAGUCUAAUUUUUAACCUUUUGAAUUUCCAGGUAGCCAAUGUAAAUCGAAAAUGCCCAAGACUACGCGAAUUACUAAACUAUAUUUACAAUACAUGCCCUGAAGGCGUAAAAACUCAAGAAGAAAAUAAGGAUUUGUUUAAAAGACUGACAGAGUUGGCUGGUACAAAGAUCAGUAUACAAAACCUGUGGAUGGUUCACGAUUAUGCUAUGGUUUGCCGGGUAUGUCAUACUACUCCACUUUGCCUUUGCCUUUUUACCUUACCUUACCUUACCUUACCUUACCUUACCUUACCUUACCUUACCUUACCUUACCUUACCUUACCUUACCUUACCUUACCUUACCUUACCUUACACUACUCUACAGUAACCUAUAUACUUUAUCAUUCCUUACUUUUAAUGCCACUUCUUUCCAGACUUACAACAAGACAUUUGAAGGCAUGAACGAAACUUUAUUUCAUCGUAUAGAAGUCCUAGAUGAUUAUAUAGACCAUCUACAAUUUGGAAUUGGAGUACCACCUCAUAAUGGUCUGAAUAUUCAAUUAGAAAUGGCACGGCUGAGAGGUGGACCAAUGAUAACUGAUAUGAUAAACAGAAUGGAAAUGAAAAUGAAAUGUGAUAAAAUGAAAGAAAAUGAUGACAAAGGUGAUAAAGAAUGUCAACAGAUGAAGAAGUUGAAGUUUUAUGGUUACUCUGCGGUAAGUUGACUUUUUAAAUUGUUGGAAAGAAAGUUUUUGCAUUGUUUGUUUUUUAAAGAAAGUUUUUGCUAUUUUUUGUUUUGUAAAGAAAGUUCUUGCCAUUUUUUGAUUUGUAAAGAAAGUUCUUGUUCUUUUUGUUUUGUAAAGAAAGUUCUUGCCAUUUUUUGACUUGUAAAGAAAGUUCUUGUUUUUUUUUGUUUUGUAAAGAACGUUCUUGUCAUUUUCAGCAUGACAUGACGAUAUCAGCACUAUUUUCUGUGUUUGGCUUUCCUAGUCCAAACUACCAAUCCAAGAACCUUCCACGAUAUUCUACGGCUGUUACUUUGGAACUUCGAGAAAUCAAUAGGGAAUAUGUUAUUAGGGUAAGUUGUGUAAUGUCUUACAGUACGAGGGCUCUGGGCUAGAGGUCUGGGUUAGGGUUCUGUGGCUUAGAAUUGGUGACUGAUUGUAAGCUGUAACAUAAAGCUCUAAUCUAAGGCUCAGGCUAGAGAUCAGGGUGAACUACAGACUACUCUUCAAGCUACAGUUCAGACUACGGCUGAGGCUCUGGGCUAGGGCUCUGGGCUAGGGCUCUGGGCUAGGGCUCUGGGCUAGAGCUCUGGGACAGGUCUUUAGGUUAGGCUCUGGGAUAAGGUUCUGGGCUAGGGCUUUGGGCUAGGGCUCUGGGCUAGGGCUCUGGGCUGGGGCUCUGGGCUAGGGCUUUGGGCUAGGACUAGCGCUCUAGGCUAAGGCUGCUUUUUUACAUACUGAAUUUAUAUAAUUAGUACUAUAUAGUACCAAAAAUUCAAUUAAAAAAAAUAUUUUUAGCUUUUGUUCUGGCCGCCGAUUGAUGACACAUAUCAAGACAUAACGCCAGAAAUCCAAAAUUGUGGUCCUAUUUGUACAUAUGGUACUUUUCGCCAUUUGGCUGAGAAUUUUAUGGUGGAAGACGCUCAGAAAAUGUGUGAAACACCUUUGUUUUACCAUAGUAAUGACAAUAAAACUGUCAAAGGUGGCAGUUAUGUCCUUAUUAAUAUAGUUUUACUAGUUUUCCUGGCAUUAUUAGCUUUGUAUUGA